AUGACGGAAGCCUUCCCCGCCGCUCUGACAGGGCCAACCUCCAAGGAGCGCAAGUAUGAUCGCCAGCUCCGCCUGUGGGCAGCAACUGGCCAGCAAGCACUUGAAGACUCUCAUGUUCUGCUGGUGAACUCCGAUGGCCCUCUCGGCCAAUACAACACCGGUGUCACCGGCGUUGCUGGCGUCGAAACACUCAAGAACCUUGUACUGCCUGGAAUUGGUGGUUUCACCAUCGUCGACCCAGCAAUAGUCACCGAAUCUGAUCUAGGUGUGAACUUUUUCUUAGAAGAAGAGUCCCUGGGCAAGUCUCGUGCUGAGGAGACCUGUCGACUACUGAAAGAACUGAAUCCAGACGUGGAGGGACAUUACUAUGUCAAGCGCGUUGAGGAGCUUCUCAUAGACCCUGACUUCUUGCCCCAGCACAAGCUGGUGAUUAUCUCCGGUCCAAUGAGACGCUCGACAUUGGUGCCUCUGACUCAGGAAGCAAAUCUACUGGGUAUCCCAGUGUUGUACCUGCACUCAGUCGGGUUCUUCUCCACCUUCUCCGUGCAAUUGCCGGCUGAAUUCCCCAUUGUUGAGACACACCCGGACCCUGAAUCAACCCAGGACCUACGUCUCCUAAAUCCUUGGCCCGAGCUUGUCGCCGCCGCAGCCAACCUGGACAACCUGGACAACCUGGACACCCUAGAUGACCAUCAGCACGGCCAUAUUCCCUACAUCCUUCUCCUCCUUCACUUCCUGGAGCAAUGGAAACAGUCACACCAAGGCAACGCACCGAAUAACUACAAAGAGAAAACUGAAUUCAGAGAGUUCGUGCGGUCCCAGACACGCACUUCCAACCCAGAAGGCGGCGAAGAGAACUUUGACGAGGCAGUCGCUGCAGUACUGAAGACAAUCUCACCCUUCAGCCUACGCAGCUCGAUCCGCGAGAUCUUCGAGAUGAACCACCAUCAAAACCUUCUACGCAUCUCACGGCGUCCUCCCCCCCCAGGCUCCCUACCAGACAUGAAAGCCCAGUCCGCAGACUACGUGUCCCUACAAAAGAUCUACAAGACCAAAGCGCGACAAGACGUGGAAGAAGUGACAGCAACAGUGCGCCAUCUCGAAUCCAAUCUCAGACGCCAAACACCCGCAAUCCCAGACCAAGAAAUCGAGGUAUUCUGCAAGAACGCCGCGCACAUCAAAGUCGUGCUCGGACGCGAAAUCCCACAGAUAAGCAUCGACGGCGACACGUCAACACUGAAAACCAUCCGAAACAAGCUAAAUGAUUCGGACUCCUUGAUUCCGAUAUUCAUCGCGAUGCAGAUCCUCGACUCGGUCGUCGACGAGAUCCAAUCGAGCAGUCGCGAAGAGGAUCGCUCUGUUGACGACGACGCGCUGUGGAAUAGCCACACGGAACGCAUCCUGGCUUUGUUGACUGCGGCGGAUGGAUCGGCUGUUUGUCAGGAGGCGCGCACGCAGAUUGCCCGUGCGAGCAAUGAACUGCGGAGGGCGGAGGGCGGAGAGUUGCAUAAUAUCUCUUCGUUGACGGGGGGUUUGGUUGCGCAGGAGGCUUUGAAGGUGAUUACUAGGCAGUAUGGUCCGCUUGAUAAUACUUGUGUCUUUGAUGGGGCUAGGAGUAAGAGUGAGAUGUAUAGGCUGUGA